CCCAACAACUAGAGUCCCCUACCACAACAAACCCACCAACAACAACUAUGGCCCCAACUACAACAAGUGCUCCAACAACAACUGCAGCCCCUACCACAACAAGCCCACCAACAACAACUAUGGCCCCAACUACAACAAAUGCUCCAACAACACCUGCAGCCUCCAUUACAAGUGCUUCAACAACAUCUGAAGCCCUGUCUAUAACAAUGCAUCCAACAUCAAUCAAUGCCCUGAGUACAAGCGCUCCAACAACAACUGACUUCCAAACUGCUACAAGUGUUCCAACAACUACUAAUGCCCAGACCGCAGUUGCUCCAACCUCACCCGAAGCUACUCCUGCAAGCGCUUCAUCAACAACUGAAGGUCCAAGUACUACAAAUAAUCAUACAAUAAUUGUGGCCCCGAUUGGUACAAGUGCUACAACAACUACAAAUGUGCCUGCCACCACAACAAGCAAUCCAUCAGCUACAACUGUGUCUGCUUCAACAAGCACUCUCAAAACAACUGAAGCUCGAAGUACGACAAGUGCUUCCACAAUUACUGACACCCCUACAACAAACGCUGCAACAGCUACAAACACACCUCCCAGCACAGAAGGAAAGCCAACAAGUACAACAGAAGCUCCUAUAAUAAGUGCUCCAGCAACAAGUGUAGCUCCUACAACAAGCACUCAGGCAUCUACAAUAAAUUCUCCUGCAUCUUCAACAAAAGCAGCUACUGAAAUUCCAGUUGUAACAAAUUCAACAACAGCUGCUGCCUCUGUCACUGCUGGAACAAUUUUGCCAGCAUUCUCAACAACUUCAGCUGUUCUUACAACAAUUUCUCAACCAGCAACUAAUAUUGUUCUACCCCCAAUCUUUCCAACAUUUCCUGGAACAGUGACCACGACAAAAGCUACCUCUGUCAACACUGGAACAAAUACUUCAGUAUCUUCAACAACUUCAGCUGUUGCUACAGCGACAACUCAACCAGCCACAGGAAGUGCUGCUCCAAUGUCAGAAGCAGCAACAUUCACUGGAACAGUGACCACCACAGCAGCUCCUAGUACAGUUGUGGGUCCAGUGUUUAUCUUUGUCCGACUUGUGUUCCACACCAACAACACCGUCCCCAGUGAGAGUGAUGUUCUCGCAAAGGGCAGUCCUUUCGUGAAUGGUGAUGAAAUCCAGCUGAAUGAUACCGUGAGGGUGCAGAAUCUCACAUAUGAGCGAUUAUCAGAUAAUUCCUUCGCUUUGACACUGGCCUACAAGAUCAAUGACUUGAGCUUUCCAGAGAAUGUGAAACUCAGGACGGAGACACAAGUGCGCAUUCAAGAUUCGGUCAACAACCUGCCACUUGCCCAACGAGAUUCAUGCCAAUGUGGAGUAUGUCUUCGGGAAGGUGACAUCAACCAACCAAGCAAGUUCCUGGCUGCGAUACUGGCAGUUAGUGUGUGUUCAUUGUUUCUGCACUUCAUGUUUGCCACUACAGCUUCCCCUGCCAUUGCUACAACGAGUUCUCCAGCAGUGACCACCACAGCAGCUCACAUUACAGUUGUGGGUCCAGUGUUUAUCUUUGUCCGACUUGUGUUCCGCACCAACAACACCAUCCCCAGUGAGAGCGAUGUUCUCGCAAAGGGCAGUCCUUUCUUGAAUGGUGAUGAAAUCCAGCUGAAUGAUACCGUGAGGGUGCAGAAUCUCACAUAUGAGCGACUAACAGAUAAUUCCUUCGCUUUGAGACUGGCCUACAAGAUCAAUGACGUGAGCUUUCCAGAGAAUGUAGAACUCAGGACGGAGACGCAAGCGCGCAUUCAGGACUCGGUCAACAAGCUGAUGAACGGAUUGCUGAUCCAACCUAAUGCAAGUCCUUUCACCUUCCCACAAGCAAAUUUCACCCACCUGCCCAAUGAGAUUCGUGCGAAUGUGGAGUAUGUCUAUCAGGAAGGAGACAUCAACCAACCAAGCAACUUCCUGGCUGCGAUACUGGCAGUUAGUGGUCUUGCCACCACUACAGCUUCCCCUGUCAUUUCUACAAGUUCUCCAGCAUUGCCCACCACAGCAGCUCCACGUACAGUUGUGGGUCCAGUUUUUAUCUUUGUCCGACUUGUGUUCCACACCAACAACACCGUCCCCAGUGAGAGUGAUGUUCUGGCAAAGGGCAGUCCUUUCUUGAAUGGUGAUGAAAUCCGGCUGAAUGAUACCGUGAGGGUGCAGAAUCUCACAUAUGAACGGUUAUCAGAUAAUUCCUUCGCUUUGAGCCUGGCCUACAAGAUCAAUGACGUGACCUUUCCAGAGAAUGUAGAACUCAGGACGGAGACGCAAGCGCGCAUUCAGGACUCGGUCAACAAGCUGAUGAACGGAUUGCUGAUCCAACCUAAUGCAAGUCCUUUCACCUUCCCACAAGCAAAUUUCACCCACCUGCCCAAUGAGAUUCGUGCGAAUGUGGAGUAUGUCUAUCAGGAAGGUGACAUCAACCAACCAAGCAACUUCCUGGCUGCGAUACUGGCAGUUAGUGGUCCUGCCCCCACUACAGCUUCCCCUGUCAUUCCUACGACACCUUCAGCUGUUGCUCCGACGACUUCUCGCCCAGCCACUCAUAUUGUUCCACCCAUCACAGCAGCACCUACAGUUCGUGGCAUGGUUUUCAUCUUUCUCCGAUUUGUGUUCCACACCCUCAAACCCGUCCCCACUGAGAGUCAGGUUCUCUCCCAGGUCAGCGCUUUGCUGAAAUUUCGUCAAACAAGGGCGCUGGAUAAUCCAGUGAGGAUUCAGGAUCUCACGUAUGAAAAAAUAUCAGAUCAUAUCUUCGCUUUGAAACUGAACUAUCAGAUAAGCAACGUGACCUUUCCAGAGAAAUAUGAUCUCAGGAACGAAACGCAAAAACUCAUUCAGGACUCCGCAAACAAGUUGCUGAACACAUUGCUGAACAGCCCUAAUGCAAAUCCUUUCACCUUCCCAGAAGGAAAUUAUACCCACCUGCCCAACGAGAUUCAUGCCAAUGUGGAGUAUGUCUUUCGGGAAGGUGACAUCAACCAACCAAGCAACUUCCUGGCUGCGAUACUGGCAGUUAGUGGUCUUGCCACCACUACCGCUUCCCCUGUCGUUCCUACGACAACUUCUGCUGUUGCACCAACAAUUUCUCAACCAGCCACUGAAAGUGUUCCACCCAUUCCAGUAGCACCAACAUCUGGUGGAACGGUGACCACCACAGAAGCUCCACGUAUAGUCUAUGGCACAAUUUUCAUCGUUCUUCGAUUUGUGUUCCACACCCUCAAACCCGUCCCUACUGAGAGUCAGGUUCUCUCCCAUGUCAGUGCUCUCCUGAAUGGUCGUGAAAUAAAGGAGCUGGGUAAUCCAGUCAGGAUUGAGGAUCUCACAUAUGAGAAAAUAACAGAUCAUGCCUUCGCUUUGCAACUGAGUUAUCGGAUAAGCAACGUGAGCUUUCCAGAGAAAUAUAAUCUGAGGAACGAAACGCAAAAACUCAUUCAGGACUCCGCAAACAAGUUGUUGAACGGAUUGCUGAACAGCCCUAAUGCAAAUCCUUUCACCUUCCCAGAAGGAAAUUAUACCAACCUGCCCCAAGAGAUUCACGCUAAUGUGGAGUAUGUCUUUCGGGAAGGUGACAUCAACCUACCAAGUGACUUCCUGGCUGCGAUACUGGCAGUUAGUGGUCCAACAACCACUACGGCUUCCCCUGUUAUUGCAACAACAAAUUUUCCAGCUUCUACGACAACUUCAGAUGUUGCUCCAAUGAUUUCUGAACCAGCAACUGAAAGUGUUACACCCAUUCUAGAGGCACCAACAUCCGGAGGAGCGGUGACCACCACAGAAGCUAUACGUAUGGUCCGUGGAACGGUUUUCAUCUUUCUCCGAUUUGUGUUCCACACCCUCAAACCCAUCCCCACUGAGAUUCAGGUUCUCUCCCGCGUCAGCGUUUUCCUUCGAAGUCGUCAAUCAAGGGCGCUAGAUAAUCCAGUGAGGAUUCAGGAUCUCACGUAUGAAAAAAUAUCAGAUCAUACCUUCACUUUGAAACUGAGCUAUCGGAUAAGCAACGUGACCUUUCCAGAGAAAUAUAAUCUCAGGAACGAAACGCAACAACUAAUUCAGAUCUCCGCAAACGACUUGCUUAACGGAUUGCUGAAUAGCCCUAAUGCAAUACAAUUCACCUUCCCAGAAGGAAAUUAUACCCACCUGCCCAAUGAGAUUCAUGCCAAUGUAGAGUACCUCUAUCAGAAAGGUGACAUCAACCAACCAAGCAACUUCCUGGCUGCGAUACUGGCAGUUAGUGGUCCUACAACCACUACAGCUUCCCCUGUGAUUGCCACAACGAAUUCUCCAGCAGUGACCACCACAGCAGCUCCACGUACAGUUGUGGGUCCAGUGUUUAUCUUUGUCCGACUUGUGUUCCACACCAACAACACCGUCCCCAGUGAGAGUGACGUUCUAGCAAAGGGCAGUCCUUUCUUGAAUGGUGAUGAAAUCCGGCUGAAUGAUACCGUGAGGGUGCAGAAUCUCACAUAUGAGCGAUUAACAGAUCAUUCCUUCGCUUUGAGCCUGGCCUACAAGAUCAAUGACGUGAGCUUUCCAGAGAAUGUGGAACUCAGGACGAAGACGCAAGGGCGCAUUCAGGACGCGGUCAACAAGCUGAUGAAUGGAUUGCUGAUUCAACCUGAUGCAAGUCCCUUCACGUUCCCACAAGCCAAAUUUACCCACCUGCCCAAUGAGAUUCAUGCCAAUGUAGAGUACCUCUAUCAGAAAGGUGACAUCAACCAACCAAGCAACUUCCUGGCUGCGAUACUGGCAGUUAGUGGUCCUACAACCACUACAGCUUCCCCUGUGAUUGCCACAACGAAUUCUCCAGCAGUGACCACCACAGCAGCUCCACGUACAGUUGUGGGUCCAGUGUUUAUCUUUGUCCGACUUGUGUUCCACACCAACAACACCGUCCCCAGUGAGAGUGACGUUCUAGCAAAGGGCAGUCCUUUCUUGAAUGGUGAUGAAAUCCGGCUGAAUGAUACCGUGAGGGUGCAGAAUCUCACAUAUGAGCGAUUGUCAGACAAUUCCUUCGCUUUGAGACUGGCCUACAAGAUCAAUGACGUGAGCUUUCCAGAGAAUGUAGAACUCAGGACGGAGACGCAAGCACGCAUUCAGGACUCGGUCAACAAGCUGAUGAACGGAUUGCUGAUUAAACCUAAUGCAAGUCCUUUCACCUUCCCACAAGCAAACUUUACCCACCUGCCCAAUGAGAUUCGUGCCAAUGUGGAGUAUGUCUAUCAGGAAGGUGACAUCAACCAACCAAGCAACUUCCUGGCUGCGAUACUGGCAGUUAGUGGUCCGACAAUCACUACGGCUUCCCCUGUCAUUGCAACAACAAAUUUUCCAGUUUCUACGACAACUUCAGCUGUUGCUCCAACAAUUUCUCAACCAGCCACUCAAAGAGUUACACCCAUUCCAGGAGCACCAACCACCACAGAAGCUAUACGUAUGGUCCGUGGCACAGUUUUCAUCAUUUUUCGAUUUAUGUUCUACACCCUCAAACCCGUCCCCACUAAGAGUCAGGUUCUCUCCCGCGUCAGCGUUUUCCUGCGAAGUAGUGAAUUAAGGCUGAUGGAAAAUCCCGUGAGGAUUGCGGACCUCGAAUAUGAGAAAAUAACAGAUCAUGCCUACGCUUUGCUACUGCACUAUCAGAUAAGCAACAUGAGCUUUCCAGAGAAAUUUAGUCUCAGGAACACAACGCAACAACUCAUUCAGGCCUCCGCAAACGACUUGCUUAACCGAUUGCUGAAUAGCCCUAAUGAAAAACCUUUCACCUUCCCAGAAGGAAAUUAUACCAAUGGGCUCAAUGUGAUUAAUGCCAGUGUGGAGUAUGUCUUUCGGGAAGGUGACAUCAACCAACCAAGCAGCUUCCUGGCUGCGAUACUGGAAGUUAGUGGUCUUGCCACCACUACAUCUUCCCCUGUCAUGUCUACAACAACUUCAGCUGUUGCUCCAACAAUUUCUCAACCAGCCACUCAAAGCGUUACACCCAUUCCAGGAGCACCAACCACCACAGAAGCUAUACGUAUGGUCCGUGGCACAGUUUUCAUCAUUCUUCGAUUUGUGUUCCACACCCUCAAACCCGUCCCCACUGAGAGUCAGGUUCUCUCCCGCGUCAGCGUUUUCUUGAAAGGUCGUGAAUUAAGGCUGAUGGAAAAUCCUGUGAGGAUUGCGGACCUCGAAUAUGAGAAAAUAUCAGAUCAUAUCUUCGCUUUGAAACUGAACUAUCAGAUAAGCAACGUGACCUUUCCAGAGAAAUAUGAUCUCAGGAACGAAACGCAAAAACUCAUUCAGGACUCCGCAAACAAGUUGUUGAACCUAAUGCUGAACCAACCUGGUGCAAAUCCUUUCAUCUUUCCACAAGCAAAUUAUACGAACAUGCCUAACCAGAUUAAUGCUAAUGUGGAGUACGUCUUUCGGCAAGGUGACAUCAAUCAGCCAAGCCCGUUCUUGACUGCAGUCCUGAAUGCUAGUGGCCUGGCCCCCACCACAGCCCCCACUACAACUGAACCUCUCACUACAACAGCUGUUCAGACAACUGGAGAACCAACCACAACAACUGCCCCAACUGCAGCCACAAUAACCCAAACAAUCUCUGGAAUGAUGACCCCCACUGCAUUUCAAACCAGCACAAGUCCACAUGGAACCAUGGGCUCGGUUUUCAUCUGUAUUCGGCUUGUGUUCGACACCGUCAAGACCGUCCCCAGCGAGAGUGAGAUUGUCACUAUGGCCCAAACUCUCUUGGAUGCUCGUCUAUGGCAGAUGAACGAUACAGUGAAAGCGCCGAGCAACAUGACGGACUUGAAUGAUCCAGUGAGAGUGCAGAAUAUUACUUAUCAGCAACUAUCCGAUCAUUCCUUUGAUAUGACACUGGGCUAUCGGAUAAACGACGUGCACAUUCCAGAAAACCCUGAACUCAGGAAUGAGACAUACAAACUCAUCCAGGAUGCAAUCGACAAACUGCUGAACCUAAUGCUGAUCCAACCUAAAGAAAAUCCUUUCCACUUCCCGCAAGCAAUUUUUACGAUCACACCUAACCAGAUUAAUGCCACUGUGGAGUACGUCUAUCAGAAAGGUGACAUCAAUGAGCCAAGCAAAUUCUUAACUGCAGUCCUGAACGCUAGCGGCCUGGCACCCACCACAGCCCCCACUACACCUGAAUUUCCUGCUGCUUCAGCUGCUCCAACUACUGGAGCACCAACCACAACAGUUGCGCCAAGUUCAGCUACAGUAGCGCCAACAUUCUCUGGAAUGAUGACCUCAAUUACAUCUCCAAACAGCACAAGUCCGAGUAGCAUCAUUGGCAACGUGUUCAUCUUUAUUCAACUUGUGUUCCACACCAUCAUGCCUGUCCCCAGUGAACGCGAGAUUCUCACUCUGGCUGACAAGCACUUCGAUGCCCGUUUACGUCAACCGACCGUUCACUUGAGAACGCUGAUCAGUGUAAAACAACUGAACGAUCCAGUCAGUGUGCAGAACAUCACUUAUCAAAAACUAUCCGAUCAUUCCUUUGCUGUGAGGUUGGGCUAUAAGAUACCGGACGUGAGCAUGCCGGAAAAUGUUCAGCAGAGGAACAAUACAUACAAACUCAUCCAGGACUCCAUCAACCAACUGUUGAACAUAAUGUUGACCAAACCUGAUGCAAAUCCUUUCAACUUUCGGCAAGCAAAUUAUACGGAUAUGCCUAACCAGAUUAAUGCCAGUGUGGAGUACGUCUUUCAGCCAGAUGACAUCAAACAGCCAAGCGAAUUCUUGAUUGAAAUACUGAAAGUUAGCGGCCUGGCCCCCACCGCUCCCCCUCCUACAGCCCCCACCGCCGCAGCCCUUCCCCCAGCCCCUGUCACCACAAGCACCACCGCAGGCCCCACCACCACAAGCAGCCAUGUCCUCCUGCUGAUCACAAGUACUGCAGGCAGGUUCCCUGGAUGGGCCCUGGCCAUCAUCAUCCCCUGCGGUAUCGCCAUCAUCCUCCUCCCCUUCUGGAUCCUCCUUUGUUGCCAGCUGUGUGGUUUCUGUGCUGCCAUUAAGAGAUGGCAUAGGAGGCGGCCCUACCACAUGCAAGCUUACCAGCCACAUUCUUUCUGAGACGGUAGCUUUCAUAUUCACCUGGAAUCUGAAAACAAAGUUUUAUCAUUAAUGUUUUAUUUUAAGUGAUCUUACACAUAUCAUACAUAGCAACUGCAUGGCUGGAUGGUGUAAGCUAUUUAUCUUUAUUUAUUAAUUUCUGUUAAACAAGAGAAUAACUAUCAUAACUGCUCAGGUACUUUAUACCCAGGUAUUUAAGCAAAACAACUGUGUAUAGAUUUUACUAUCAAUGAUUAUUUCCAAUCAUUUAUGAACCUGAAUAUGUUUGUUGGAUAUUUAUUACAUUACAAUGUUUACUAUAGAUUAUUCAGGUUGAUUUGUUAUUGUAAUAUGAUUGUCAAUGAUCAACAGAAAUGCAAUGAAGAAAGAAUUUAUCAAAAUGUAAAUAACUGUGCACAUCUCCGAUAAUAUUUUUAAAAUGAACAGGUGUUGAGAAUUAGCAGUAGGCAGGUUCUAUUUUAAUUUUUAACCAUUGUUUUUUUUUAAAACCA